AUGGCCAUAUCUUACAAUUAUGAAUACCUAGCAAUGUUUACAGAUACUGGUUUGUUAUGGAUAGGAUCAGCAGAUUUACAGGUGGGUAUAACACUGUCACACUGUUCAGCCCGCAAAUUCAGCUAUCAGAGGACGAGUUCAAGCAGUUAGCGCCGAGUAGACUCGGAUUCUUAGAAAAUGAGCACGAGUGGCGGUCUAAUUCAACUGGUAGUACUAGCUUUGAUUCUAUAUCAAGGGUUGAAGAAAGCAUGUAAAAAGGAUUUGUUUAUACUACUUGAAUUUGAGGUAUCUUUUCUUGUGACAAAUGAAGACCCGUAAAAUUAAAAUUUUUGUAUCCGCCUUAGUUCUCCAUGGUGGGAUAUCAUCAUUAAUUUAGUUUAGCCACUUCUUCCUCGGAAACCGUGCAAAAACAAGUUCUUGUUAUGGCAAUGUUGGUUUUUAUCGCGUUCACUUAAGUUGCCGACAUCUCCACAAAGCGAGUAAGCUUAGCAACCCGGGCCACUAGGCCAGGCCCUGAAGAGCUCAACUUGUUAAGUACGCCUGUAUUUUGCAGUUCUUUGAAUUCUGCAGUUAUUGUUGUAUUUCUGUCUUCUUUAGAAAGUCUACUGUGAGUUCAAUACUUCUUGUCCAUCAAGACCCAAGCAACUAACCUGGUAAGGACCAAGGAGCAAUUGUUGUUUCUAGAAUGAAGGCUCUCUUCUUUUAUGACGAAUUCUCGCCCGGUUGGCCGGGCCAUUCUUUUGAAUUCAAACUAAGAGCCAUCGGUGUCUUUCUUCCGCUACUCAUCAAGCGACGUGUCGCUGCAACUAAUCUCCUGACCUGUACACGGGGAGUAAUCUGUUGCCACAACGUGUUAGUGCAACUUGUCUCCUUGUGUGUUCCGAUCUUUACUUAUUUCAACUUACCUUACAGGUGUGCAAUGGGUGCUGUCAUAUGUUACUGGGACGAUUAUUUGGAUGUUGUUGGACCGACAAUGGACACUAUUAGAUAUCCUUUGAUUAACAAGAUCAUUCUUUAUCAUGAUCCGACUAGCUUUCCAACUAUUUGCGGGUCAAGCUAUCUAACUGGUAGAGCAUGCUAGGAUUAAAAAUUGUUCUUCUUGUGGUUGUAAAUGUUGGCUUGGCCAAGUUGGUGAUUGUGCUGUCAUGCUGAAAUUAUAUAUUGAUCGUGUUACUAAAAACAACCUUGAUUUGAACUGACAAUUGUUACUAGUGUGAGCACGCUAUUGCCAUGUAUUUAACAAUUAUUGCACGAGUGCGCGUUGGAUAUGAGUGGAAUAAUUGUUUAUUAAAAUCGCCCACAAAACAUCGAGAAUUCUUCCCGACUUUAUUUGUAAGAACAACCAAUUUUCAAAUUUUGGUAUGUGGCUCACAUACCAUGAUGGCUAAGCUAAUCAGAGCUCUUUAACUACAUUAUCCAAUGGUUCAGUUUUAAUAAAUAUGCAUAUGCUACGGAUAGCACCUGACUUCUUAACAUAUUUCACAUAUCGUAUGGACAGUGCUGUUCAUUUAGUUCAAGAGUUAGAUGGCGUAAGAAUCAUUGGUAAUGACACUCAUGAACUGCUUCAGCGAGUUCCAGGUUGGUGAAUACGAUUACGUUGAUUGCGGGCGGUUUUUCCUCCUGGCGAAACCUCCCUAGCAACGAGGAGCAAGAUGAAAUGGCUGUAUUAGCAGACUACAAGUGAAAGGUUUCAAAAUGCUCGCAGAUAUUCUGUCUUGUUCUCGAUUCAUAAAGCUAUCGAAAUACAGUAGCCAAAAAUAACAAUCCCUGUUGGUGGCCAGGAUGUCCUUGAGAUUUAUUUCUUCUCCACAGACAUUUGAUGCUUUUCCAAAUUACUUUCUUUUAAAACGUGUUGUUAUCUGUAGGUGCUUAAAGCGAAAUAAACUCUCGAGACUGUUGACGUAAACCUUUAGCUCAGUGUGGUCUUGCUGUGGCUUAUGUAUGAUUUUUCAACUUACUUCCCGGAAGCAGAUGGGACUGACUCAACAUUCAGUAUUCCCCCCUUCAAAGUUGUCACGAAUAAGCAAGAAGCCCUAAACUUUAUUCGAGUCGACUUGUUCAAUCGGUUUACGGUCAAGUCGCCCAAAAUCAGAGUCAUGUCGCUCGAAAUAAACAGCGAUAUUUGCGUCUUUCUUUAACUUGACAUUUGCAUAGGUUACCGGACACAGCUGAGUCAACAUUUUUCGACUAAAUUCCUUGCGAUAUACUUCAGAUGUUACUUCUGUUCAAGUUUAUACACUCGAUAAAAUUUUAGGCGACAUGACGUAAGAUUUCGGGCGACAUUACUCUGGUUUCAGGCGAUAUGACUUCGGGCGAGAUGACUUUCUAGCGACUUGACCGGUUACCGUUCAACCAGAACCAAGAGCGCUUGUUGUGCGUGAUCGGCAGUGAAAUGAAUUACCCGCCAAGUUUAAAAUUACAUGACGCCACUCUAACCGGCCAAUAAGGUGGCGUCCUUGAAAUAACCACGCAGUAUGACACAGAACCAAGAAUAGAUUGAAACUAAUUUUCAUGGAAAUAGGGUCAUGUAUGGGGGAUUCGUUCGCUUAGAUCAUCCUCUCUUGCCAGAACCACUUCUUAUCACGAACGUGAGUAAUUAUGUCCGAUACUAGAGCAACUAUUUCUAUUCAUCUUUCAGCUGCUGUGGAACAAGUGUUUAAAAUCGGUUCAAUGGAACCAGGUGCGAUGCUGUUUGAUGCAUCAAAGGAAUUUGAGGCAAGCAAUGCUUCACCCUCUCUGGGAAAAAGUUGUCCCGGGUAAAAGGGUCAGCCGCCUACCCAAGCCGAUGGCGGAUCUAGGGGAGGGGUCAAGGGGGCUCGCCCCCACCCCCUUUAUUGUUAGACCACCACUGCGAGCCACCCUGGGCGAGCCUGUUGUUGGGUGAACUGUUUUCCUUGGUAAGGUCACCAUCCUAGCUGAGCCAACUUUUCUCCAUAUAAUAAAAAAGAAUCAACUUUAUUUAUAUAGCGCUAUUUCAGUCCAAAAGCUCAAUAGCGCUUUACAGAAUUCAUAAGAAAGAACAAUAAUGAAUGAAGAAAAACAUAGCAUGACAAUAAAAAGAAUACCUGACGAACAACAUUAAAGUUUCAACUUAAAGAUUCUAAACUACACUAAAACGUAAAUCCCUAAAAAUUAAGCUGUCGUUCUGAUUCUUUCAUGUAUAUUCCUGUAAACAGAAAAAGAGCGCGCGAGCAGAGGAGUACAUUCGGAUGAUCAAAGAACGUCUUCCUGAGGCUGUCCAGCAAUGUAUCCACGCCGCUGCCGGGGAACAUGAGCCUGCAAUACACAGAGGACUGCUGAGGGUGAGUAUAGUUUCAGAGGUAGUCAUGGUAACCACAUGAUCCUUAUGUUCAGUUGCUAUGUUUCGAUUCUCACAGCAACCCGCGCCCAGGGGUUGGGGGAGUUGUUGACAAGUUUAAGGUUUCUUACACAGUGAUUGGUGUUCUGUAAACUGCCAGAUAAAUUUACCAUUGUUUGAAAAAUUCAUUAUCUGUUUUCCGUGGCAAAAUCACCACCUCCUACUAAAAAUGUUUUUGUUAAUCUGCUGAAGUUCCUUCGCUUGGGCAUAAAUCGUUGAACGCGAUGCCGUGAAAAGAAAAUCUGUACUCAGUGUAUCAGGGUAAUUUGAAUUGAAAGCGAAGAGCGCCAAUAGUUCGUCCAUUAUGUUUCUAUUUGAGGAGUGUAGUAAGAGACAUAAAGGACUUCAUUAAUGCUUUCGACGACGGCGUCAUUCAGUGAUUUUUCAGUUAUACAGGAUGAAUUGAAAGUAUAGCAAAUCUCAGCGAGUGGUCAACAUUCGCCGAUAACACUGCUCUGUUACCAUCUACCAAGCGAAGUUUGUAACGUCGCUUGGUCAGAGAUUUUAGGCGGGAAAUAGUUCUCGUGUAACAUGUCAUGUGUCCUCGUAGUAACCAAUAAGAGCGCUCCGGCGGUCGAUGUUGGGGAAAAUUCCACCUAUAGUAUAACCGUUUUUUUUUUUUACUGAUCUCAGCUGUAAUCUUUUCUUCUCUUUGCUAGGCUGCUUCCUUUGGUAAGAGUUUUCUAACUGAUAUGCCGCCACACGCGUUUGUUUCGAUGUGCCGGAAUCUUAGAGUGUUAAACGCCGUGCGGGACUACAUGGUUGGAAUUCCACUCACAUAUGGACAAUAUCCUUUAUCUUAA